CAGGUUGCCGCCACCCAAACCUGAAAGGACUUGGGCUAUGCUUGAUGCCAAAGAAAAGGAAGAAAAGAAAUCUGAUAUGAAUUCUUUGGAUCCCAUGAGGCAGCUUCUGGGCCAAGAGCCAGAUACUGAAGUUGUCUUUCUUCGAAAAAAGAUUCCUGUUAGUGAUGUUAAGACAGCAGAUGGCCCAGGUCAUCUGCAGGCUGCAGCAUAUGGUCCUCGAAAAAAGGUUUCAGUUGACGUAAAGUUUGACUUUGGUGUUUCACUUAAAUCACCUACAAAGGAACAACAUACACCUCCACAAAGGCCUCCACCACCCAAGAUAACACCAACCCACCUGUCGGCCAUUGAACUGCACCAACAGCUGUUGGAGAUUGAUGGCAAACUCAGCGAGUUGGAGCUGAAAGGACGUGACCUUGAGGACUCAAUCCGCAGUGUAACCACUGCGGAGGACGAAGAUGAGAUGUUGAUGGAGUGGUUCAAGCUUGUAACAAAGAAGAAUGAACUUGUGCGGAAAGAAGCAGACUUAGUCUAUCAGUCAAGAGAGCAGACACUCGAAGAUGAGCAAGUUCAGAUUGAUUCUCAGUUGCAUUACCUUCUUGGCAAAGAAGAUGCUGAAAAAUCCUUUGAGGAAAAAGAGGAGGAAGAGUACUUGAUUCAACGCAAGCUAGAAAUCGUCAACCAGCGCAACUGUAUUGUUGACAGCAUAGAUGAGGACAGGCUUAGAUAUGAAGAAGAGGACCGCAAUGUGGCACAGCUGAUGGAAUCAAAAGCUUGGACUGGACUUGGGUUUUCUAAGACGACAGCAGGAACUGUUACGAAUGACAAGGGAAAGAAGGUUUUUACUUCAACCUUCUACACCUGAACAAGCAUGUUGAUUGAUGGACAUUUCCUGUCCACAUUCCAGAAAGUUAUCUAAUGUGUGCCACAUAUUCCGCCUCUUUUUGGCUGCUCCUUUAGAUGGUCUCACCAGUCCCGUGGGCAAUUACUUUAAAAAUGAUAUUGAAAAAUAAUAUCACACCCAAAGAAUCUCUUUUUGUGCCUUUCAGAACUUUGGAUAUAAACAUUUUACCUUUUGGGUCUGCUCGUUUUCAGUUCCUAUUCAUACUGUAAUUGUAUAUUUUAAAAAGCUUUGUACACAUUACAAGAAAUGGAGUUCUGAAUAAAAAAUUGUAAUGAAAAAAAUGAAAACUAUGUAUUUCUCUCUCUCACUCACUCACCCAUGCUCACACACUGCUAAUUUCAGAAGUUGGUACCAAGAGUUGUUCUAAAGUUGUAGUGGUUAUAUUUUCUGCAAUAAUAUGGUAAAGAUUUCAUUUCUGUAGAUUUUGUCCAGAGGUCAUUCCACAGAUUGUAUUCUCUGACACAUUUGUUGCAUACAAUUUCAGGCUUAUUUAUAGAGAGCAGAAUUGAGGCUAAUGGUUUUCAAAAUGAAUACACCUGUUUGCAUACAGGUUUGUUCACUAUUGUUGUUUUAGCCCACUAGGACAGAUGGAAUGCAAAACAUUAAACUCUUGUUUGAUCUCGGCAUCGAAUACCUCAUGUGCAAGUAUGAAGGUGCCUUUCUCAAAGCCUCACAUAUUCAAAAUAUUUUUUUUAUGUGCAUAUGUAUAUACAUAGAGAUGAAAUUCUGGUCCACAAACAUGUCUUUCAGAAGUUGCUUAACCAUAUGCAUUCUUCUUCAGCUAAGCGUUUCCGUGUUGUUACUUUUUCAACUUUUUCCUGAACAUGUAUUCAUUUAUUUAACAAUAAUUGCACUAUAAAAAAAACCACCUAUUUUAUUUACCCUGAAAGUUGAGAAUUGGGCAGUUGUAUCAUUUUAUGCUCGUAUCAAAUUUUCUUAGAGGUGGAUGUCAUGAUCAAGGGGUUCUUCAUUGUGUUUAAUAGAACAUAGCAUUUCUUAAAACUUUCAAUCUAAUGUCUUCCACAGUUAAAUACAUAUCGCAGACAUUAUUUGUGAAGCUGUCUGCAAGAGCUGACGCUACCUUUCGUGAUUUAAAGCUUUUUCAUAAAAAAGAUUUAUACAGUUAUAUUUCCCUAUCUCAUUAAUGUUCUUGCCAAUACUAGUUUAUAAGAUUUAGUUUUCUUUUAUAGUUGUUAAUCACCUUCUGUGCUUUGUUCAGUUUGUGUUUUGUUGUUGACCUAGUUUUUCUGCCAUUUUGUCCAUAUGAAGAAAAAUUACCAAUAGCCAUAUUUUAUUUGUUAGAAUUUGAAAAUUGUUUAUUUCAGACCAAACAUUACAGAUUUGCAAAAAAAACAUGUCCAUUUUUAUGCUCAGUCAAUUGCUGUAAGCUUGUACACAGGAGCUGAUUUGUCAGUGUCCCAUUUGUUGUGUCUUUAUUGAGGAAGCAGUUAUCCAUCCAGCUAACUCCAUGAGAAAGCAUUCUGCGGUGAUAAAUUUAGAAACAUGUUUGCAAAAAAAAUGCUACGCUAUCUAAAGGGGAUAAAUGUUUAAUGCUGACCCUUUAAAAUUUGGGUUUCGUGGAUUUCAUUAUUGUAACCACCCAUCUCAGAGACAUUGGACAACAGAAUAUAAAUCACAAUAUCUUUUACCACUCUUUAGAUUGCUUAAUCAUUAUCAUGAUCCAGUUCUGUGUUGAUUUAGAAUUUUAUCAACAGACCUUCACUUUCUGGUAUGCAAGGUGAUGUAGUUGCUUCUCUGUAAUCAGUAAGUUGGUAAGGUAGAUAGUAAAUGAUAGCACUGUGCAGCAGAGAUUCUCAACCUUUUUCAUGACUGUACCCCCUAAGGAUGAAAAUAUGUUGCCGGGUACCCCGUAUGCAUAAGUACACCCAUAAAAGUGCUUAUUUUCAUAAUUGCAUGUGCUUAUUUAUGUUUCUGCAUACCCCUACAGGAUAUCUUCAUGCAUACCCCAUACUUUUAAAGAGACAUUCUGUGCAAGACGCCAUACAUUGCAUAAAACUUUAAAGUAGUUUGCAUCCCUUAUGGCUUUGUAACCCAGUCAGUAUAGGUACAGUACAGAUUUCAGUCAGUACAGGUGCUAGCAUGCCAUCAAAAGAACAGACUGGCAUGAAGACAUAAGGCUGUGAAAAUAUGAUUGCCUCUUUGAAGGAAGUCAGGUUAUUUUUAAAGAAGUUUGUAAAUAACAGGCUUCAUUAUUGUAACGGAACGUUUAGAAAAUGACACUGAUGCCUGUUUACUUCUAAAAAUCAGACGCGUGAAAAAUCAUUCAUCAUCAGGAUAGCCUACUUACUACUUGAAAAGGUUUCAUUGAAUAUUUGAUAGAAGCAUACGAGCGUAGAGGGAGAGGAUUUUUAAAUGUUUCUAUUUAAAUGUCAUUUUAUAAUAAGAACAUGAUGGUCUGCAGUCUUUUGAGUAUUUUUGUGCAUGUAUAAGCAUACAAGUGUAUGCAUAAAAUAGAAAUGGCGAGCAGGUAUCUCGGAAAGCCUAGAUACUUCUGCUGUAUAAAGAAUGGUACACUUCUGGUUUUUUCUUUUUUUUUUUUUGGCAGGAACUUGUAUUUGGCUUAGCAUAUGGCUUGUGGGUUUAUUUUGUUGCUACCAAAGACAUCUUUCUUUCUAGCUCACAUUUGCUUACAUGCAUUUCUUUCCGUCCUUUCUGUCCCAUAUAGUAUCAAAUUCACUUUUGUGCCUACUUUCAGUUUCAUGUAAACUGAGAAUUUCCAAGUAAAAUUGUGUUGAAAUCCCAAUAUGCAUAUGUGUGUGUGCACAUAUGAGCAAAUGGUAGUAUUGGUAUGUUUAUGUACAUAUACGCAUUAAAAUGCAUUUGUAUGUGCAAGAAACAUGUUUACUCUUUUCUGGUGACAUGGUUGAGAUCUUAUCAGCAGUGUGUGUGACAGGGUUUAAAAUUUUUAAUUAUACAUUGCACAAAAAUGAUACAUUAUCCUUGGUAGAUGUGCUUAAACAAGAAUGUUUUUGUGGGAUAUUUCUUUAAAGCACAUGAGAUUUACACAAUGGAGUCCUCAGAUUUCUGCUUUCUUGAAUUGUAGAUGUAAAACAAAAACUUUGUAAGUUGUUUAAUAACAGUUCAAGACCACAAAUGAUGUUUUUCAUGUGCAAGGGAUUUUCCUGAGUAACACAAAGGACUUAUGGAUACAGGUGUGUACUUGCACUUCUGCAGCUAUGUGCAUGUGGCUGAUUUUAAUAAGUUGUUUGCUUAGGUACAACCACUGAUUGCAUUUACUAUUUCUAGUGACAAAGUCUGUGCAGCAUUCGGCAAUCCAGCAUUGCUUAACAUAAUAACAUUCUUAUUAAGUGUGCUUUCUCCAUCUCUGCUUAUGAAUUUUAAUGUUGCUGUGUUAUUUACUAUUUUGUAUUUUGGAGUCACUUUGCUGUGUUAAAACUUUUGUGCUAAAACAUUUUGUUGCAAAUCAAAAAGUGAUCAUUUUAAUUUGAUCUACCUGAUUUUCGAAUUGUGAGCAUCUUAAAAAUGAUACUGAAAAUCUGUGAAUUUGAAA